AUGAGGAAAAGAAGAAUAGAGAAUAGAAUCACUACCUUCAUGAAAGGAGAUACUAUUGUUGAUAAAUUUAAGGAAGCAGUAAAACACUUUGUGAAGCACUUUGAGACGUUCAUGGACAACAAGAGUAAUCCUUCAAUCAGGAUUGACAAUGAUUGUAUUAAGAAGGGGUACUGUCUUAACUUGAAUCAACAAGUCAACUUGAUUAGACCUUUUAACAAAAGUGACAUCAAGAAGGAUAUGAUGAGAAUUCACCCCUCAAAAAGCCCAAGAUUAGAUGGUUUCAGUUCAGGCUUUUACAGAGAUAUGUGGAUCAAGAUUGGAGAUGAAAUUUCUAAUGCUGUUUUGGGUGUCUUCACCAAUGGUAGACUUCCCAAACACUUUAAUGAAACGGUUAUCUCCCUAAUCCCCAAAAUUGCUAACCCGACUUCAGCUAGAGAUUACAGAUUGAUUGCUUGCUGCAACGCAAUUUACAAAUGUAUCUCAAAAUUGAUUUGUUCUAGACUAUCAGAAGUGCUCCCCAACAUUAUUCAGAAUAAUCAAGACCUUCUUAAGGGGUACACAAGGAAGAAUAUUUCAGCAAGAUGCAUCAUGAAGAUUGGCCUUAGUAAGGCUUACGAUACUAUUGAUUGGCAAUUUGUUAAGGAUCUUUUGAGAAUUCAGGGCAACUUCAAGAGGAAAAAAGGUCUUCGUCAAGGUGACCCCAUGUCCCUUUUGCUUUUUGUUGUGAUAAUGGAGUAUCUUACCAGACUCUGUAAUAAGGUUGCUGAGAAGAAGGGGUUUGGUUAUCACCCGAUGUGUCAAGCCCAACUAAUUCACUCGGUUUUGCUUGGAAUUAGGAAUUUUUGGAUGAGCACCUUCAUUAUUCCUUCGAAAGUCGUGGCUGCCAUAGACAAAAGUUGUAGAGACUUCCUUUGGGGAACUAAAGGGAACAAGAGCAAGCUUCACCGUGCUUCUUGGGAAAAAGUUUGCCUCCCUAAGAAUCUUGGUGGAGUUGGAUUCCGUGAAGGGAAAAAAUGGAUCAAGGCCCUAAUCGCGAAAUUUCUUUGGGCUUUGUCUCACAAACAAGAUUGUUUGUGGGUUAAGUGGAUAAACUCCAUCCAUCUGAAAGGAAUGGACAUAUGGAACUUCCCAAAGAAUAGAGAUACUAGUUGGUACUUUAAAAAGGUGCUAAAUCUUUGGGAUAGUACAAAUGAAACCAUGUUGAGGCUUGCUGUGACAGGUACGAAUCUCAGAGCUAAGAAGUUCUACAACCUGCUGUUAGAGAUGCCUAAAGUCUGUGAGGAGGUGAACUCUUGGCUGGGAGUUUAUCAUUGGCCUAGUUUGAUUGCUGAUCUAAAUAGCAGGAGCAUAAUCAAGGUGAAGGACCUCCAAAAUCAGGUUCUUAACAUGGUGACAGCAGCUACUUUAUACGAGCUGUAG